UCAAUCGGCCGCGGACGGCAAGCUCACGAAAAACGCUCGCCUGGAACAGAGCCGACCCUUCUUCCGUCACUCUUGAACAAACCCACUCCCGGACUUCAACCCAGUUAGCCCGCAAACUACCGUCAACAUGUCUUGGUUCGGCGUCACCCCCCUCAAGAAGUUCCCCGCCCCCGUCUUGGGGCCGAUGGCUCCCUUCUUCGCUGCCGGUCUGGUCAUCGCCUACGGUAUCAACUCUCUCCAGGGCGCUCUCAUGCAGUCCGAUGAGUGGAAGAACGACCCCCGCAACAUCUACGCCAAGAACAAGGCCGCCACCCACUAAGCGAUUCCUUUGAAAGAAUGGAGGCGACGGUGUGUUGAUGCAAUAGACGACCCGAACAAGACAGCUUCUGGCAGACCCUAGACCUAUCGAGAACCCCAAUUACCCCCCAAUGGACCGUUAUUUCCAUCAUCCGCAGGAACUGGCGCCAGUGUAUUAUAGAGGGAGAAACAUGAAGUGACGUGUGUGUCGGAUGUUGAAUGUUGUGGUUCAACGCAGCCGUGAUAUGCGCCCAUUGACGAUUCAAGUAACAACAACAAAUAACGAUGCGCGAAGAGGAGGAGGAGAAAGGAGUAAACAUGGAGAGAUGAUGGAGGACAGGUGAACCCGACACAUGGCACAGCAAGUGCGUGCAAGAUUCGACAAUGCGAUGCCACCCAUAGCUCAAUCCAUUGACCAUCGGGGGGAAAUACCACAUGCCACACCAC